AUGGGCUCAGAUGAUCCGUUCAUUGAGGGGAUAGAGAAUUUGGACAGCAGAACACAAGAGGGUGAUGAUGAACAGCCGGGUACUAGAAUUGACUGGGGUGAUGAUGACACCUGGGACCCUGACUGGGGUGAUGAUGACACCUGGGACCCUGACUGGGGUGAUGAUGACACCUGGGACCCUGACUGGGGUGAUGAUGACACCUGGGACCCUGACAUGGAGGAAGACUCUGUCUCAUCGUUGGAGGAAGAUGUGACCAAGGAAAUUGACACAUACAGUGACGAGAGUGAUUCUGAUUAUGUGCCUCGUGUUUGUGUGCGAACAGGAGGUGCUCUGACGACGAACCUACGUUUGGAAACACUGCCAACAGUCACCUUAGAAGAAUCGGUUCUUGAUGUGGACUUCAACCGUGAUCCGGCAAGGCCAGACACGCCGUUGCCAGAGGCGAUGAAAGUUGAGGUAGAAGAUGAUGUGAUUGGCCAUCCUGCGUCAAUUGUGUACCACGAUUGUCUGAAGCAGCUUGCGGGAGAUGAUCCGUUCAUUGAGGGGAUAGAGAAUUUGGACAGCAGAACACAAGAGGGUGAUGAUGAACAGCCGGGUACUAGAAUUGACUGGGGUGAUGAUGACACCUGGGACCCUGACUGGGGUGAUGAUGACACCUGGGACCCUGACUGGGGUGAUGAUGACACCUGGGACCCUGACUGGGGUGAUGAUGACACCUGGGACCCUGACAUGGAGGAAGACUCUGUCUCAUCGUUGGAGGAAGAUGUGACCAAGGAAAUUGACACAUACAGUGACGAGAGUGAUUCUGAUUAUGUGCCUCGUGUUUGUGUGCGAACAGGAGGUGCUCUGACGACGAACCUACGUUUGGAAACACUGCCAACAGUCACCUUAGAAGAAUCGGUUCUUGAUGUGGACUUCAACCGUGAUCCGGCAAGGCCAGACACGCCGUUGCCAGAGGCGAUGAAAGUUGAGGUAGAAGAUGAUGUGAUUGGCCAUCCUGCGUCAAUUGUGUACCACGAUUGUCUGAAGCAGCUUGCGGGGUGCGUUGCCUUGCCAAUGGCCGAAUGCACAGAAAAAGAACCGAUGACAAACAAGCCGUGCCCUGCAAAGGCGCCUUUUGAAAUUCGGGUAAAAUCCCGGGGCACAGCAGCUGUUGUAGAAUGGAUGUGCUCUCGGGGUCAUUUGGUGUGGCGAUGGAGUUCACAGUCCUUGUUCAAGUUUGGAAUGUUGGCCGGGGACUUCAUGCUAGCCACCAAUAUAUUGCUCUCAGGCAACAACUAUGCCAAAAUUGCACUGCUUUUCCAGUUUAUGAAUAUGGGGAUGGUUGACAGGACCAACUUCUUCAAGAUCCAGGACUCCUUCUGUGUUGAGAGCGUAAAAGAGUUCUGGAAUGACAAGAGGGCCAAAGUGAUUGCUCAGCUAAAACAACGAGGGCCUGUUGUGGUCCUUGGUGAUGGUCGUAUGGACAGUCCGGGGUUCUGUGCACAAUACUGCACAUACACAGCCAUGGAUAAUGAUUCGAAGCAAAUAAUUUCCAUGGUAAACCUUGACAAACGGGAGACUAACAGAAAUUCUGUCAUUAUGGAGAAGGAGGGCUUUGUGCGUACCCUGGAGACACUUCGUGAAGAGCUGAAUGUGACCGAAGUUUGCACAGAUGCACACAGUCAAAUAGCAGCACUUUUUAAUAAAGGGCUGUUCAAAGACAGUGGCAUACACCAUUCUUGGGACAUCUGGCAUGGCUCGAAGAACCUCAAUAAGAAGCUUGUGGCGGCAGGACAGCAAAAGGGAUGCGCUGGUUUACUAGCAUGGAGCAGGGAUAUUUGCAACCAUUUCUGGCACUGCUGCAAGACUUCAAACUCCUAUCGACAGUUUAUGGACAUGUGGUCGGGACUGCUGCACCAUGUCACCGGAGAGCAUGAGUGGUCCCUGUACUCCUGUCACCAUGGCCCUCUGGAGGACAGCAGAGACAAGGAAUGGAUCGAGGCAGACAGUUUGGCACACCAAAGACUGAGAGAAAUUGUUCUCGACGCACGCUGGCUGAAGAACAUUGACAAAUACCUUCACUUCAG